AUGUGCUGCGUCAUUGGAAAGAUUUACAAGACAGGUUCUAUAAUAGAUCCUCACACUUCCCCUUAGAACCUUGCUUUGGCAUCUUGCUCUACAGCAUGGUUCGGAGACAGCCGCCCCCUUUCUCUUGUUAACCGACAGACGCUACCAUGUUGGAAUCAACAAUGAUCCCGAAAAUGAUCAACAAAAGAAGAAGAACGGCUGGACCAGGAGUCGAACCUGGGUCGUUUCCAUUAAUCGGAAAAGCUUUGACCUCUAAGCUAUCCGGCCCCUGAUAUCAGUGCAAGGUGUACUAACACCUUCAAUAACCACAGCAUCAGCGACACCAAAAAAUUUUCGGUCAGAAGCUGACUGUCUUGAAACUUGUUGCGCAGUGGAAGGCUGCGCACCUCUCCCUCUCUCUACUUUGCGCAGUAGCGAUUUUCGUUCUUGGAUGGAUCGGCAAGCCGGGUCGAUCGUCGUUGCGUUGAAGGCUUUGUGAAGUUCUUCCCUCUCUUUCCCCCCCUUUCUCCCUUCUCUUCCUCAUCUCGUUCCUGUUGCUCGGUUGUUGACUACGCUUCAGCCACUUCUCCUUUUAUUCCUAAGCCGUGUGUUGGAUUCCGUCGAAUAGAUCGUUCGUUCGCGUUGGUCAAGAUCUACGGCAUGGAUCGGGAAGAAAGGUCGCUCGUUUUUUUGGUCAAUAUCCUCGCGUCAAGGCGAGGCUCGUUUCGUUGUAUUGGAUCGUUUUCGCUCGGCCCCGACGGCUCAACAGCCAGCACUCGAGACUCAGCCAAGGGAGGACAUCAGGCGCUGUCGGGGUGACGAGUAG